AUGUUGCUUAUUUGGAUUUUGCAGAUCCAAGGUAUGCCCUAUGGGAACUGUUUACUUCUCAGCGACGGUCCCGUCAAUAACAGCACUGGCAUCCCUUUCUUUUACGUGACGCCAAAGGAUAACACAGUGGCAGAUCUCCUGAAGAAUCCCAUGGCUUCUCUGACCCUGCCAGAGGCAGACGGAAAUUUCUGCAGAAAAAAUGUAAUUGAUCCGGAGGAUCCAAGGUGCGCCAGGCUGACUCUCAUGGGACAGAUGGUCACGGUGCCUCCGGAGGAAGUGGAAUUUGCCAAGCAAGCAAUGUUUUCCAGGCACCCGGUGGUAAGAAAGUGGCCUCGCAGCUAUGAGUGGUUCUUCAUGAAAAUGAAUGUUGAGCACAUCUGGCUUCAAAGCUGGUAUGGAGAAGUUUCUGCCAUUGCAGUAGAGGAGUAUUUAAAAGCAGUUCCAAGUAAAGGAUGA